CACCACCUCCCAGAGCGAACCUGGCCCUAACUAAACCUGCUCCAGCUGAAGCUUAGCCCAGUGCCUGAUAUAUUUAGGCGCUUAAUAAAUGCUUAUUACUGACCACUGCCUCCUCAGGGCUCUAUCAAGACUUGACCUUCCUUAAUUCUCUCUUCAUGGUCCUCUAAGCCCCAGAGAGCAUGUAGCGCCAGGGACACUUUCCCUGGGGCCUGUUUUCUCCCAGAACUAGGGGUUUGGGAGGAGAAACAAGGCAGAGCGGUCUGGCUGGCGGCUGAAAGGGCAGCUCACGGCAGGGAGAGCAGGUUGGGCGAGCUCUGGGGGCAGUCGGGGCCGGCACGGAGUCGAGGCGGGGUCUGCGGGCUCGUCUUGUGUCUGCGAAGCGGGGAGCCGCCCAGCUAGGCGAGCAGGGGAUAAAAGUCGGGCCGGUGCAGGCGCGCCCCCUCCCUCCAGCACAUCGGACAGGGAGGGCUCAAACCGGCUGCCUGGGACUGACAGUUUCCUUGUAGCCCAAAUCUGUGUUCUUCUCUCAUUAUGACUUGGGCCACCAGUCCCUGAAACUGAAAGGAAUAUGGUGCAGAAGACGAUGUGUUCCAUUGGAAAUGUAAUGGGUCUGGACAGACUGAUCACUCAUUACAAAGCCCCUGAAAGCUACCAACAAGGAUUUCCUCUGCUUAUAAAUUCACAAAUACCAUUCUUGUGUCUACAUUCUGGACCUGAUUUUAUCGGACAGAUUUUGUACACUAUGAAGACUUUUCUGCAGGCAGUGGCAUUAUGGGGGAAAAAGGCACCUUCUCAUAGCAUUACUGCCAUAAUGAUUACAGAUGAUCAACAUACUAUUGUUACAGGGAGCCAAGAGGGUCAACUAUGUCUCUGGAAUCUUUCCUCUGAAUUAAAGAUCUCAGCUAAAGAGCUUCUCUUUGGUCAUACUGCUUCUAUAACAUGUUUGGCAAAAGCAAGAGAAUUCGAAAAACAGCCAUAUAUUGUUAGUGCUGCUGAGAAUGGGGAGAUGUGUGUUUGGAAUGUCACCAGUGGCCAGUGCAUUGAGUCUGCAACCCUCCCUUAUAGACACACAGCCAUCUGUUACUAUCACUGCGCCUUCCGAAUGACGGGAGAUGGCUGGCUUUUGUGUUGUGGAGAAUAUCAAGAUAUCCUCAUUAUUGAUGCCAAGACCUUGGCAGUUCUUCACGCUUUUACAUCCUCUCAAUCUCCUGAUUGGAUCAACUGCAUAUGCAUUGUUCAUUCCAUGAGGAUUCAAGAGGAUUCUCUCCUGGUGGUUUCUGUAACUGGAGAUCUCAAAGUAUGGAAUCUGUCCUCCUCUAUAAAUAGCAUUCAGGAAAAGAAAGAUAUUUAUGAAAAAGAAUCUAAAUCUCUGGACUCACCGAACUGCCGGACGAUAAGAUUUUGUCCCUACACGGAAAGACUUCUGUUGGUGGUAUUUUCCAAAUGUUGGCAGGUUUAUGAUUACUGUGAUUUUUCCCCCCUGCUCACUGAAGUCAGUAAAAGCAGGGAGUUUUUUGCUGGUGGAGAGGUGCUCGCUGCUCACCGAGUCAUCAUCUGGACAGAAGAUGGUCACAGUUAUAUCUAUCAGCUGCUGAACAGUGGACUUUCAAAAAGUUUAUAUCCUGCUGAUGGAAGAGUACUUAAAGAAACCAUGUAUCCUCAUUUACUUUGCUCUACUUUUGUAAAAGAAAAUAAGAGCUAUCCAUUUGUUAUGGGUUAUCUCAAUGAACGGAAGGAACCUUUCUAUAAAGUCCUCUUCUCAGGAGAAAUGUCUGGAAGAAUCACUUUGUGGCAUAUCCCUGAUGUUCCAGUAUCAAAGUUUGAUGGUUCCCCUAAAGAGAUACCAAUAACUACCACUUAUACCCUUCAAGAUAAUUUUGACAAGCAUCACACUAUGUCACCCAGCAUUAUUGAUGGUUUCUGUGCUCUUGAAGAUGGAGCUGGAAGCCCAGCGGUCACUUCGUCUAUGUACAUUCCAAAUUUUGACAAGCUAAUAUGUGGAUGUGAAGAUGGGAGGAUCUUCAUAACACUUGCCUUAAAUGCAGCAAAAGCAGGACUUUUGGAAGAUAAUGCCUUAUUUAAAAAAGAUUCCCUACCUCACAAAGUUCUUAGAGGCCACAACAAAAGUGUUACUUCAUUACUUUAUCCUCAUGGCCACUCUUCCAAAUUAGAUCCAAGCUGGAUGGUUUCAGGGGAUCAAGAUUCUUGUGUAAUCUGGUGGGACAUCUUAACUGAAGAAGUCUUGCAUAAAUUCCUUUUGUGGGCAGGUCCAGUAACAAGCCUUUUGAUGUCACCAGAAAUCUUCACACUGAAAGAUCACCAUGUUGUAUGCUGUGUAUGCAGUGACCACUCGGUUAUACUACUACAUCUUGAGGAAAAGACAUGUGUUUUGAAGGCUCAGAAGCACCUUUCCCCUGUGACAACAAUAAAAUGGCAUCCUGUAGAAAAUUUCUUAAUUGUUGGAUGUGCAGAUGAUUCUGUUUACAUCUGGGAAAUUGAAACUGGCACUUUGGAAAGACAUGAAACAGGAGAGAGAGCAAAAGUGAUUCUUAAUUGUUGUGAAGAUUCACAGCUUUUUAAGCCUGAGCCUUUACUUGCAGUCGCUUCAGAAGCACACAAGCACAAACAUGCAGAUUACAGAUCCUCCAGUUCCUCCCAACUUGGCACCUUGUCUUAUCCUAUUCCUCAUGCCGAAUCUUCACCUAAGCUCCCAGUUACUUCAUCUUUCUCAGGUCCAUUUAAUGUGUUACCAGUGAAGAGCAAAUGGAGCAACGUGGAUUUUCAUGUUCUUUUUUUUGACCUGGAAAAUCUUGUGGAACUUCUGCUCUCCACCCAAUUCAACAGCUUUAGCACCUCCCACUCAUGGCAUGGCAGUGAUAUCCUAAGAAGAGCCAGAAGCACCUUUGAGAAAAGGCCACUGACAUUGAAAAGGAGUAAAACUUCCACCUCUUCUAUUUCAGGGGAAGUGCAGAUGAAGAAUAUUUGUGAGAACCAGGGCCAGGGAGAUAUCCCAGGCAAGUCCUUUGAAGAAAAUGAGGGCAUCAGACGACAUAAAAAAACGAAGAGUUCCAAAAAAGCUCAAUUUAUACCACCAAGAAAAGUUGAUAUCAACCUCAUGAUAGACACAGCUAAACUUCUCUUGUCAUGCCUCUUACCAUGGGGUGUGGAUAAAGAAUUAGAUAAUCUUUGCAUUCAGCAUCUAAAUAUUUUAAGGCUUCAAUGUCCAGCUUCCUUAGGAUUAGCUACAAAUGAAGAUCACUUCUCUUUGAUGUUGCCUGGUUGGAACUUUUGCAGUCCAGGAAUGAAGGAAGGGUGUUCAGUCAUCAAUUUGUUUUCUAGGAAAGUGCUAGACUUGUCAAAUAAAUACAUCGCUGCCCUCCCAAGUCAACCAGAAGGUAUAGGGGAGCUAGAAAGUGAUUCAAAACAUAGGUCAGACACUAUAUUAUAUCUGUUAAGCAAAUUGUUUAUAGUUAUUAAGUUAGUUAACAUGCCUUUAGAAUUGGCCUACAGAAGCAACAGUCACCUCAAAAUGGAAUCUGUUCCUAACAAGGGAAAAUAUACUGGCAAUGAUAAUUCAAGUUGUGGCAAUUUACGAAAUGGUAAAACUGAAUUUCAUUUUCCUGAUGCUGAUCUUUCCCUGGUGAAGCUAGUUUCCUGCUGGAGGGAACAAUCUGUACAGGUCAUUGAAGCAAUACAAGCUGUUCUACUGGCUGAAGUUCAACAAUACAUGAAAACCUUAAGAACAAGAUCCAUCAACCAUCCACCGCUGUCCAUGGUAGGCAAUGGAAAUGGAGAGAUGGAGACACUGCCAAAGAAUGAACAGUCAGAACAGCUAGAGUUACAAUGCAUUAAAAACAGGACUUUGCAAACUACAGUCAGUGUGGUCAAGCAUGACAGCCACUUAAACUCGGCAAACUUCCAAGAAGCUGAGGACGUGCCUGACAGAUGUGUCUUAGAAGAAGCGGAGAGCCCAGGUGAGCACAAAACACAUCCUUGGGUGGCUAAGAUGUGCUCCUGUAAGAUGUGUUGAAAUACCUCCUCAUUUACUGGAAUUAGGAUUUAAACUAAUUAAGGAACUGAAAGCAUAUUUUUUUUCAUAAAGGUUGUGUUGUGAUUAGAAUACAAGAACCAUUUAAUAUGUCAAUCUUUGAACCCAAACUGCUUGAAAAAUUGUAAGAGCUGAUCCAUUACAAAACUACACUGCAUCUUUGGAGAAACAUUUUCUAAAUUACCUCAUGAUUCUGCUACUUAGUUUUUCCAUUGCUACCCCCAAUGUAGAAUGCUUGUCCUCUACCAUAUGGGUAUUUGUAGUUAGUUCAGCUUUGAUAGUGUGUAUAGGUUCCUUUUUUUUUUCAUACUCCUGAAUCAUUUAAAAAACAUUAUUAUGUCAAAGAUGACAUAAGGCUUUUAUAUUGACCACCAUUUGAUUUUAUAACCUUCAAUUUGUUUAAUUAAGUUAUCUGAAACUCGUCUGCUCUGUUGUGGUUUGUUAUUAUUUUUAUCAUACUCGGCAAUCACCAAGGAAUCAAUGUAUCUCUAAGCACUUGGUAAAAUCACCUGCCACAUGAUUAUUUCAGUUCACUCCUUCCAAACAGAUGCAAAAAGCAGGGUGUGAUCCUUUACUUCUGUAUCAUUUAGUUGGCUUGUUGCUCCCCAUGCAAGAUUGGGUGGAGCGUGCGGUCAUCUGAUCAUCAACUCAUGAACCAAUCUGCAUCAAUGGAUAUCACUGGUGUUAUCAGCAUGAUUUAAGCUAGAAAUGGGAUUAAAGUUUGACCUUCAUAUCAACUUUGUAUCUUCCUUCUCCGAUACUCUUCAGUUUUCUUUAGCUGAGAUGCAGAAAAUGAUGCUUCAACACUCUGUAAUUUGAUUGUGUGGGUACUCAUUCUACAACACCCAGGGCCAUUCUGAUAUAACUUAGGAGACAACUCUCCAAGAAUUACUCUUACCCAAAAUAAUUCAUCACCCUGCAUUCAGCUUGGUGGUGAGCAUCCCCAAACUUAGCUUGGAGGUCCUUGUGACAUAGGCAUAAGCAUAUUAUUCAUUGCCAGGCCCAUAAUUGAAGCAAAUCCUUUUCAUUUUAGUGGGGCCUACUAGAAUUUUUAGUCUGCUUGCAUAUUAUUCAAGAACCCAGGGUCACCUCCAUAUUACAAUUAAAAAAAAUCACAGUAGAGGGGGAAAACUACAAUAAAAAAAAAUAGGAAAGCCCUUCAGGUAUUCACCCAUCUAUUAGUGGUUAGAUGCAUCACAAUCCAUUUUCCAAAAUUCAUAUUAUAACCCCAAAGACAGUUUCAAAAUCAGCAAUAUCAUAUAUAUUAAUAUACACAUAUUACUAAUACAUACAUAUAUAUACAUAUAUAUAUAUAUAUAUAUAUAUAUAUAUAUAUAUAUGUAUGUAUACACACAUAUUAUCCCUCUGAAAAGCUGAAACAAAAGUGACUUUUCCAAUCAAAGAUGCUAGAUGGGGGAUUACUUAUUACUAUAAUAAAACAGAAUUAAAACAACAACAACAACAACAACAACAACAAUGUCAGAAUCCUCCAAAUGAAGUAAGUAACUGAAGCAGUCACCUUGGGAGCCUUAUUCCAGUGAAGUUCCUAUUGCUCAGAACUUUUUGGAUCUCUGGGAAUUACCUUCAGAAUCUCUAGAACAUUAUUUUGAAUAUUCUGAAUGAUGACAAACCUUCAUCUUCUGAGGAUGAAUUUGGUUUUGGGAAAAAUUUGGAGCCAAGUUUUGUGAACAAAGUAAGUGGGAUUAACUGACCGGCAUUUCUUUUGACUAAACAUUAAGUUUAAUUAUAAAGCAAAUGAAUGACAGUUUUUUUUGUGAGGAUCAGAAAUUGUCCCUGAAGAUUAUUUUAAAAGAUAAUUGGCUCAUUAGUAAUACACCCUGGAUAGGUGUACAAUCUCCCAUGGUGACUAUUUUGAAGGUCAAUACUGGUUUGGAUGUAGAAGUUCUCACAUUUACACAAGCGUAGCCUGAAUAAAGGUUUUCCAGAAUCACAGAAUUAUAGAUGUAAAGGUGACCUUGCAGAUUGUGAGGCAGGAAAGGGCUGGAUUUGAAAUCAGAGGACUUAGGUUCAAAUCUUUUCCAUUUGGCAUCAGAUUCCAGCAGGUCUACAUGGGCAACCUUGGACAAGUCACUUAAACUGUCUCGCCUCAAAAUCUCCAUUAUUAAAAAUGAGGACGUGGAACUAGUUGACCUCCAAAGUCUCUUCCAGUUGUAAAGUAUAUGAACCCCAAUCAGUACCUUUAUCUUCUGCAUGAGGAAACUGAAGCCUAGAGAGUGGAAAUGACUUGUCCAAAGACAAGGGGUUGAUGACACAAAAGUGAAUCCAAGAGUCAGGACAUGAAAUAGCCUUUCUGACAUCAAGUCCGUUGUUCCUUCCACUACACUGUGCUUCACCUUAUUGAUAUAUUUUUAAAUCAUUCUCAUUCUUUUUUAAUUGCAACUAUUAUUUCUACAUAUGAGCAAUUUUCCAUUUGCAAGAAAAAAAUAGGACUGAAUUUGUAUUUUGUCAUAGUCUUUAGCAUUUGUUUUCAGGUCUAAGGAAAAACUAGUAAUAGCUUUUACAUGUCAGAGAAUGUCUAUUGUGAUAUGUAUAUAUAUAUAUAUAUAUAUAUAUAUAUAUAUAUGUGUAUAUAUAUGUAUAUAUAUAUGUAUAUAUAUAUAUAUGUGUGUGUGUGUAUACAUAUAUAUAAAACUUUCUUGGAUUUUGCUGCUUUAUACUAUAUAAUAAUUGAGAUAAAAGAUUGUUUUCAAAUGAUGAUUUAAAUUUCUAAAAUGGAGAGGCUUGAUGGUACAUGUAUAUUUGUUGUUAUGUAUACCUAUGUGCAUUAUAAAUGUAUGAAACAAAUGAAUUUCUAAUAUCCAGACUUUUUGCAGCAUCAAAUAUUUUCUAUUAUCAAAAAAUAAUCCUGAGAAGACAUUGAAGAUAUUCCUGUAAAAUCUUUAUUCAUCAGUCUUCAGUGAUUUUGCUUGUUUUGGCUACUUGAAAUAAAUGUUUGCUUCACAAUUGAUCUGAUUGGCCAUGGGUUGAUUUACCCAUCUGUUAAUGCAGCCAGAAUGCUGUUUCAUGAUCCAGCAUUUAUUGUCAUCUUUGGAUUAGCAAGUGCAGUCAUGUUCUUUUUAACUAGUUAAUAUUUUGUUUGUAUCUGUGGCCCUCACUGAUAUGAAAUAAAUAAUCUUUCUUUAUAAAAUCA